AUGCUGAUUAGUGAGCCACAACAGUUUUCCUUAGCAGGAAUUGCUAACAUAGAACUGAUCAUCUAUCACCUUGAAAAAGAACAUUCAUAUCUGAUAUCUAAGAAUAUAAGUAUAUGUACAGAGAGUCUGGAUACCUGUGAACAGAACUAUGUGAUACUGGAGAAUAUGUUGCUACCAAUCUUACAGUGCAGUAAUAAUGGUGGAUUUAUUAAAGAGGAUUUUUCCUUAGAAAGAUGGCGAAAUGAAAGUGGGUUUUCUUUGAAUGACAGCUUGACCAGUGUUGAUGUGUCUGAGUUAUUUGAAUAUAUUGGCUUAUCUUACUACCUCCUGUCUACAAGAUGUAAUCGUUCCAGUGAUCCAUAUAUUCCAUCUAUCAAAGGAUGGAAUUCAUUAUGCAUUAAUAAUGAAGACCUAACCAAUCUGACUGGAUCUGUUAGCUGUAACCUGGAUUCAACUUGUAACAAGAUCAGCUGUUGUGUUGAUAUAGAAAAUCUUGACAGAACAAUGGAAAUAUCACUGUCUAUAGACCAUUGUAAUAGUAGACUGACUUUACAACUGGAAAGAUUGUCUAUAGAUGUCUCACUGGUAGAUUACAAAUGGGGUACCCAGCUAGAGCAUGGACUUGUAGGGGUAGUGAACACUGAAACCAUAAUUUACAACUUAGCAGCAGAAAAUAACUACAUGGUGUACCUGACUGUUUUAAUAUGCCUAGAAUCAAAUGAUACCUGCUCUGUAGAUGAAGUCAUACUAGAUGGUGUGAAAUUCUCUAAGGGAGUCUGUGAUAGAUCAAUGGAAAAUGAAUUUUCCUUGGAUGCUUGGCUUGAUGAGAAGAGCUUACCAAAAUCCACAGAGAGUUUACCACUUUGGGCAGAGGUUCAACUGAAACAGGACUUAAACAUUGACAAGUUUCUCAAACCACAAUCUUGCAGUCAUACACUUGCAAGUAGCAAUGAUUGUGGUUCUGCGAUUAUAAAAGUAGUACCAACAGACAGACAUGAUAGAUUUUCCUGCAGGCUAUCAUUAGAUUGUACAAGUGUUGAAUGUUGUAUCAAUCUACCUAUCUUAGACACAUCAGUUUCAAUUGUCUUUGAAAUCAAUGAAUGCAGAAACAACUUACGGCUGCAAAUAGACAACUUAAAACAAGACUUGAAGUUGUCAGAUGUUUUAUAUGGGCAAAAGAACAUAUUUGGACUAUUUGGGAUAGUGACACUAGAGUAUAUCUUAGAUAAAGACUCGCCUGAAACAUUUAGCUUGCACUUAGAUAUAAAUGUUUGCUUUGAACCAGAUAACUGUGAACUAGAGAUUGAGAUUUUUAAUGAGACUACAGUUAAUCGUCAGCAUUGUGAUCAAGCUCCUGGCUUCUUGAACUCUUCCUUUUCAUUGAGUUCUUGGUUAUCAGAUAAAAGUCUUGACAUGAACAGUAUAGAUGAUGCCACUGCUAGUGACUUGAUCACAGAACUGGGACUUUCUGAUUACAUGGGAUGGUCAAAUAAAUGCAGUAUCUACGCUCCUCCAUUUAAUGGUUCUAUUGAUGGAUGGAGUAAUGAUUGUUCAAAUAUCACAACACCUUUGGUCCAGUUAAAUGAGAGUGUUGCAUGUCACAUUACUGAGUACUGUGAUUCAGUUACAUGCUGUGCUGAAAUUCCUGUUCUUAAAAGAUAUGUUUAUGCCUCUGUCAAUCUCAGAACAUGUGAUUAUAUACUUGAUGUAUACCUAGAGGAAAACCACUUUGAAUUCAAUCUGAUGGAUUAUGAAUGGGGUAAAAUAGAGAAUGUACAGAUUCAUGGCGUUUUACAGCUUGUAUUUGCUAUCCAUCACAUUCCAUCUGAAAAGUUAUUCUCCCUAGAUGUAAAAAUCAAGGCCUGUUUUGAAGAGAAUGGUACGGUAUGCCUGAAUGAAUACACAGUCAUGGAAGAUUCCAAUCUUCUGUAUUCCCAGUGUGAUCUCAAUGUACAAAGAGCUCCAUUUAAAGGAAUCUCCUUUGAUUUAUGGCAACAGACUGAAUGUUCAUCACCUGCUACAAGUAGUUGUAGCUUUAGUGUAGAAUCUACCAGUUGUUCUGCUACUCCUGACUGUCAAGGUAUAACAUGCUGUCUUCCAUUAACUUUUAUAAAUGGAGAAAGAAAUAUCAAUGUGACAUUCCACUUCAUAUCCUGCACCUUAUUAGAAUAUAGUGUUGAAAGAAAACUGUGGCAGAAAACUCCUGAAAAAAGUAAAGUAGUGACAGAGAAUAUAGGUGAUGCUUUCCAGUAUAACUAUACCAUAGCUACAGGACUCAAUCCGACUACAUAUGGAGUCACUAUUGACCUACAAGUUUGCUACCUUGCUGGAGAAUUCUGUAAAACAACAUCAUUAUUGAAGGCAGCAAAUGUGAAAUGUUCAUCAACAACAAGAAGGAAAAAGAGAAGACGAAGAUCUAUCACAGAACCAUCUGUAUCAAGUUUUAAAGAUAGUAUCAGAAUGUUGAUAGAACAACAAGUUUCCUCAGAAGGAAUAGAGAAAUAUCUACUAGACGUUAAGAAUUUCGAGCUGGGUCAAAUACAAGAGAAUCUCAUUGGAGCAGUUUUACCAGGGACAGACACAAAAACAAGUGUAAAGUCUGCAAUGAAAGCUCUUGGAUGGAACAAUCCUGCUACAAUAGCUAUUGCUACUGACAUAGAUACCACUGGAAAUGUAACUGGAGGUGAAAUGAUGACAACCAUGAUGGGGAGUUCUACAUUGGACAUACAAGGAAGAACCAAACAGGCAUAUGUUGUUGGACAUGGUUUGACAAAUGCAGGAGUAAAAUUGCUUGGACAAAAGCUGGCUAACAUGACGAUAGGAGAUAUAGAAAACCUGCUAGAUGUUAAGAAUGUAGAUCCAGUGGAAAUUAUAAAGCUUAUGGACCAGCUUAGAGAUUUAUUCAGAGCUCUAACAUCAGAAUUUUUGGGGAAAAUACUUGGAGGAGGAUCAGAUGUUUUCAAAUCAGAGGAUCUUGUUAUGUGGGGAGAAAUUCCUCUUCCAAGACAAUCUAAAAAAAUAGAAUAUCCUAAAAAAGGCCCAAAAAUAAUUCGUAUUGGUGGAUUUAUUAAUCUUGCCUAUAGAGUUGGUAUUGGCCUAUACUUUGGUGUAAAAUUUAGAGCAGGGCUCAAUAUUUUGGAAAUGAAAGGAAUUGCUGAAGUUGUGCCAUAUGCAGGAAUAACAGCUUAUGCCGAAAUAGGGCUUGGAUUUGGUCCUUUGUUUGGCAAACUGAGAGUGGAGGGACAGAUAAUGGAUAUGAAGUUUCCCACCAGAGCAGAAGUGACAUUCUCCAAGUUUCCAUUGGAUGUUGGAAUUACUAUGAACCUGGAGCUGACACCCUUAAAAAUAAAGGUGCUGGCUUUAGUGACUUUAGAGCUCCAAUUUUUGGGAUUUUCUAAAACCAUAGUUUUGUACAAAACGACUCUCUGGUCUUAUUCAACUCCAACCAUAAGAGCAAAGAUCAUUGACAAGAGGAAGGAUGAAAAAGAUCAAACAGCACCAGCAAUUGAAGAAUUUAUUGACAAACCUGGCAGUGGAAGGAAAAAGAGAUCAUCAGCUAAGUGUCUGGUUAGACAGAUUCCAUAUGAAGAUUACACUGAGCCCAAGUUUGAAGUGUCUAUCCAUGCUGGUGAUGAUAGAAGUGGUGUUAAUCUAUAUCUGGAUAUUGGUACUAUUCCUGGGGGAACAGAUGUGUUGAACAAGAAAGAGCUGGCAGGUCCUGCUACAAUAUUGUCUGAGGUUUUAAAAGCAACUGGUGUGCCAUUGUAUUUGACUGUAACUGCAGAGAAUGACUCAGGUCAAAAGUCCAAAGCUUCAUGUUACCUAUCAACAUAUGAUAUAACCCCACCUGGUGGCAGACUUGAUGAAGAUUACAAGACUACCAGCAAUCCAUCAGUUAUUAAAGCUUCAAUUACAGUAUAUGAAGACUCAGAGCUUGUAGAAACAAAAGUGGCAUUAGGUUAUGGAAAGGACAUAUGGGGUGAUCAGGUUGUUCAAUGGCAUGACGUCAGGCUAGACCAAGGCAACAUCAACCAUGUAACAGCAGAGUCUGAUCCUUUGAAUAGACAGGUGUUGGGAAUGUUCACCAGUCAACGUAGAGGAAAGUUGGUUGGACCAAAAGUUGGUAAAGAUUCUUUUCAACAUUCCCCCGGAGAUUGUGCCAGAUUAUGUGCUGAUUUACCUCCGACCAAAUGUAUGAGUUUUAACUACAACUCCGGAAAUGGAAUGUGUGAACUUGUUGAAGCAAUCGAAGGACAUCAUUUUAAACUCUCUCAUUCAGGAUACUUUUAUCACUAUGAAAGACUUGGUGUUGGAAAAACAAAGCAAUUUAACUUUGAUCAACUUCAAGUAGAACAUGAUAAACUAGUGUAUGUUAAUUUCCGUAUUGUUAAUGACUUGGGAUAUUUGUCUUUUAUAAACACCCAAGGUGUACUUGUUGAUCUGACUACACCCACUACAGGAGAAAUAAAAAAUGCCAGCCAAGACUUCCUCGAGCAUGUUGACUGUUUGUCACUAAUCCCAGAAGAACACAGACCAGAUUGGGUUAUUCAUUGUAGAGGGAUGAAUCCUUACCUUAAAAAUCACAGAUUGAUAGUUGAUGGCAAAGGAUCUAAGGCUGUGUUUAAUGGUUAUGAGCCAAUGACAGAUCUUCAAUACACAAGAAUUAACACAUACAUAACAGCUAAUUGGGAUGGAUUCAAUGAUAGAGAGAGUGGACUUUUGGGUUAUACCAUAUAUGUUGGAAUGGCAGUGUGUGAGGACUUGAUACAUCCACAUCAUGAUCCACACAAACAUUUCUUUGAGAAAUCACAGUGGCCCCACAAUGCUAUGAUUUAUCCCAUUCCUGCUCCAUAUGAAACGCUGCCAGAUGACAAGUAUUACAUAACAGUUAGAGCUUUAAAUGAGGUAGAAUAUGGAGGUCCACUAGCCACAACAGUUUGUCAUUCAAAACCACUGGGAGUGGACAAUUCACCUCCUCAUGUCUGGGAAAUAUAUGAUAUUAGAUAUGACGAAAACACAUAUAACCUCACAGCUAAACAUAACUCCAGUGAUCCACAUUCAGGAUUGGCUUACAAUGAUGUAUGUUUAGGGAGAACAAGGAGAGAUUGUAUUGAGAUGGACACAACUUUCAUUUGA